AUGGAUGUGGACCAGCUGGACCUGAACCCCAGGAUUCUUGCUGCAAUUAAGAAGGCCAAGCUGCGGUCGGUGAGGGAACUCCUUCACCUCUCGGAAGCAGACCUGCAGCGGCUGACCGGGCUCUCUGGCCCCAACGCCCAACGCGUGCUGCAGGCGGCCGCCCUGGGCCUUCGGGGAAGCAAUGCUCUCACAGCGCUGCAGCUGUACCAGAAGAGGGCACAGUUCCCCAGGCAGCACCAGCGCCUGAGUCUGGGCUGCCCCGUGCUUGACCACCUGCUCCGGGGCGGCCUGCCGCUCGACGGCAUCACUGAGCUGGCCGGACACAGCUCUGCCGGCAAGACCCAGCUGGCCCUGCAGCUCUGCCUGGCCGUGCAGCUCCCGCAGCAGCACGGUGGCCUGCAGGCUGGAGCCGUCUACAUCUGCACAGAGGACGUGUUCCCUGACAGGCGCCUGCAGCAGCUGAUCGCACACCAGCCGCAGCUACGGGCAGACGUUCCAGGGGAACUGCUGAGCAGGGUGAGAUUCGGGGACCAGAUCUUUGUCGAGCACGUGGCCGACAUGGAUGCCCUUUUGGAGUGUGUGGGCCAGCGGCUGCCCGUCCUGCUGGCACGCGGUAUGGCCCGCCUGGUGGUGCUGGACUCAGUUGCUGCCCCAUUCCGCUGCGAGUUUGACAGCCAGGCCUCAGCCGCCAGGGCCCGCCACCUCCUGGCCCUGGGGGCCACGUUGCGCCGCCUGAGCUGCGACUUCCAGAGUCCCGUGCUCUGCAUCAACCAGGUCACAGCCACAGCAGCAGAGGUGGGGGGGCCUGCUGGGCCACAGGGCUUCUCGGACGAGCGGGUUUCUCCGGCCCUGGGGACGGCCUGGUCCAGCCAGCUGCUGGUAAGACUGACAGCUGAACGCAGCCGCAGCCGCAAGGCAUCACCUGGCCCUCCAGCCCGCACCCUGAGGGUGCUCUCCGCACCCCACCUGCCUCCUGCCUCCUGCUCCUACACCGUCAGCACAGAGGGUGUGCGGGGGACACCAGGGACUGAAUCCUGCUGGUGCAACAUCCGGCCAGGUCCUGGGAGACAGGGACCGGAGCUCUAA